AUGUCCUUCCCUUUCUUCCUCUGCUCAUCAAUCUUCACUCUAUCCUACAUUGUCUAUACCAUCCUCUCUCCUCGAUUUGAUACAGAGCGCAAGAAAGCUUAUAUCCUAUCGUCAAUCUCAUCAUGUACUAUGACGAUAUUGUCUCUCCCUUUCUUCCUCAGCUAUCUGACCAAUGGACUGAAAGAGACGUUCGAAGCUGGUCAAGAGGGAUGGAUGGGUCAGAUGGGCUGGUUCGGGUCUGUCUUCUUCGGUGUUUAUUUGUUUGUGGGUUUAUUAACUGGAUGGAUCCAUCAUACUGUCUACAUCGGUUUGAUGUUCUACGUCGUACAAGCUCGGAUAACACCUAUCUUCCUUAUGGGCGCAGUGAUGGAACUCCCAACGUUCGAUCUCGCCAUAUCCAAUCUCUUCCCCUCGGCUCGAAACGACCUCCGAUUCCUCUCUUCCUUCUUCAUCUUUCGGAUCUUGUUCCACUCGAUAUACCUUAUCGACUGUGCCAGACCCUCUUCCAGAGCAUUCAUGGGUAAUAGCUGGGUGCCCACAGUAAUGCUGGGUCUGGCUUUGAUAAUGCAUCUAUCAUGGUUUAAAGGUGGUGUAACGGGAUAUAUCAAAAGACAGAAGAAGUCUAGUCAUAACAGGGCGAUCAUGGUGGACAAAGAUCCAAUUAUCGAAAUGAUAUCGACCGUUGAUUCUACCAUCUCUUCAGAAGUAUUACCUCAUUCAUCAUCUCCGAAUGAGUCACCUCUGGUUACCCCUCAUACAGCUUCACCAUCCCAGAUCCCAUUGUUCUUAUCCAACUUGAAUAUCCCCACAAUCAAUUUACCAACUGGUAUAAUUGAUCUGAGAAGUCUCAAGGAGAAUGGAUCUGGGUUUAGGGAGGCGGUGAGAAGCAGAUGGGAUGAACAGAAAGAGAAGUUUACGAUGGGUCGAUUGGUUAGGAGGAAGUUGAGUGAAAGAGAAGAAGAGGGGAGAGUGGUGGUGAGAGAGGUGGUAGAGGUCGAUGAGUAG